AUGCUAACCGUUUUCGAUAGUGAACUAGAUUGGCGGUUGGCUGUACUGAUUAAAAUAUUGAUAAUAUUUAAUGCCAUUCCUAUUAUAUUGUUAUCAUUAUAUGUUAUCAUAUCAAGCAUUGUCAUUUACUCUUCAGCUGCUCUUAUACAAUUUAUCGCAUUUCUUUUUGGACUGGCGAUAUUUGCACCAUUUCUGUUAUUUUCUUCGCUGAGUGCACUUAUCGUUAGCUUCAUUAUCAUUAUUUCACGGCGGAUUUUCAUAGAAGAAAAUGUAGGACCGUUCCCGAAUUUCGUAAGCUAUCGUGGACGACGGAAAGUAGAAUAAAAUUUUUUCCUCAAUCUUGUACUAUCUCAUUGCCGAAAAGUCUUCCCUACAG